AUGGUGAGCAAAGAGGACACCACAUACGUUGUUUUUUCAAACUCAGAUGACUCAGAUUCAGAGACAGGCCAAUCACACCUUGAAACGCAGUCCGGACCAGAAUCAGGCAAGCCGCAGGUAAAGAAGAGAAACAAGGCCCUACAAGUGCGUUUUAAAGAUAUCUGUGAAGCUCAGAAUGAGAAUCGGGGGAGACACUCCAGAUCCAUUUCCUGCAAAGUGACUCACAGAAAAUACAUGACCAUGCCUGCCAGACGCUCCAUUCCAAAUGUGACCAAGAGUACUGGUGUCCAGACCUCACCAGACCUCACUAAGCGAUACAAGACUUUCCCUUUCGAGAGGAAAAAGGGACAUACAUUUAAACACACUGCUUUGGUGGAAGAUUACAGAGGACAGAACAAUGGAUUUUUGAGUGAUAUAAAGACGACAGGAGAGGACGGACUACCUCUCGAAGAGUCGUCUAAGUACAAGGGUAAGAUUGUGGGACAGACAAAAGCACUGCUUCACCACACUGAUGACAGCAGUGAUACAGAGGAUUUGCUUUCCAGUGCCAACUGUGUUGAUGGACCCUCAUGCCCAGAAUCGCAUUUCUCUGAAGAGGGCCAUCCAAGCAGCCCUCCUUCUAAAAGUGAACAAGAGUACCAGGUUUGUGGGACAAGGACCAAACACAAAGGAUUACCCAAAGAAGGCGUGGAUGCUGGCACGUCCUCAAAGCGACAGCUUGCUAACUCCGAGUUUUCACAGGAAAAGUCAAAAGGAAUGGGCCCCGUUGCGUGGAACACCUUAACACAGGUGGAGUCUUUAGGAAGCCCCUCUAUGAGCUGUAAGCGGAAAAAAGGCACACAGUUAAACAAACAGCAGUCACAGACACUUCCCCAUAGUGCCAAAUGUUCUGUACAGUCACAAGGGCAGUGUCGGACAAGACAUGUGUCAGCCUCCUCUAAACUCCAGCAAACAGUCGGGGGUGAUGAGGGCUUUCCUCUAGGAGACACGAGAGCCCCAGGCAUGGGGAGCAGCCAGCAGAUAAUGCCCUUAUCUGGAGACAAGGAUAUCAAAGCACAGCUGCAGGCCAUGGAGAACCUCAUCAGCUCGAGCCAGGAAACCAUCAAGGUCCUACUUGGAGUUAUUCAGGAGCUAGAGAAAGGCGAAGCACAGAGAGAGGGGCUCUCCUACCGAACAGGACAAGACACAGCAAAUUGUGACACUUGUCGAAACAGCGCAUGCAUCAUUUACAGUGUGGAGCUGGACUUCAAGCUGCAGGAGGACAAGCUCCAGCCCUUGAUAAAGAGACUGUGCCCCCUGGACAGCCCACAGUGCCCUGCCCUGCCUUACUCCAAUGAAGUGUUCACUUCCACCCCGAAACGCAAGUCCAAGACAGAGUCCAAAAAGCAUGCUCGCUGGAAACGCUGGUUCCUUUGAAUCAAACAUGAAGGCUUUGGAAAACUGCCUUUUUAUCGGGCACAUUAAUACCCCUGUUAUUCUCUAAACGGAUCAGCGGAAUAUUCAGAGGGAGCAAUCAACCCAUGAGGACGGAUAACGACGGACACCGGUUCAUUUGAGUUGAGACUGCAUGUCCAGUCAGCUGAGGGGACAGCAGAGACAAAAAAAGAAAAACAUUUUAAUUCUGUCAAACCUUUUUCUGGCAUGUGUGCUGGAGAGGUGUCGACACACACCUGAGGAAAACUAGAGCAUAUUGCUUGGCAACGAGAGGAGGCGCCAUGUGGAGGGCCUUUUAUGAGUGAAGCUAUAAUCUUUGAAUGGACAUCCGCCCGACCUCCGGCAAAGCACAAACAUUUGACUAUUGACAGGAACAUGCGUAAAAAGACUGAAACAGAGCACAGUACAUGACAGUGUGCUGCUGCUGUUCUUAUAACCCCGUCUCCUCUCCCCCUGAUCCGUUCACAUCCUGCUUAGUUUGUGCAUCUGACUGAACAUCUGCCUGCUUUUGUUAAUAACCCCUGUCUCCUCCCCCUCUCACUCUAUCCCUCCCUUUAUCUCCCUCCAUCCCUUGUUCCGUCUCACUGUGCUAAAACUGUGUCUCUCCCUUUUCUGUUGGCUACACUAACACAUUAUUUUCAGAAUCCAUAUUUUGAUAUAUAAUUUUUUUUUAGCAAAGUAGGCCCCUCCUCUUUAAGCAGGCCCUGAAGAAAA